AUGCUGAAUUCAAUUCCAUGCAGUUUCCGCCUACUUCCUUUCCAAGUUCUCACCGAUCUCCAUCUUGAGAUCAACCAGCAAUAUUCAUCUUUUGAAAUCCCCGUCUGCGCAAAAUAUCUCAUUCUCGUGGGUGAUAUUGGGCGCUUAUCACUACUUCAUCAGAGACGAUACACCAUCCCCGGGUCCCGUAUUACUAUUCUGGGCUGCACACUUUGGUCUCACGUCUCGCCCGACUCGCAAGUCAUCGUGCAGUCGAAGACUAAAGAUUUCCAGAAAGUCAACGACUGGACGAUCGAUGACCACAAUGCACACAUCCGGACAGCCGAUGCACCGGAAACACCGACCCAGAAGCAGCAGCAGCCUGGACUAGUCGUCGUGACGCAUCAUGCACCUUCUCGACGGAAGACGUCGAGUCCGCAGCAUGCGCAGAACGCCUGGAGCUCGGCGUUUGGAACGGAUAUUCUAUCGAAUGGGUUGUUGGAUAGGGUCCGAACAUGGGUCUUCGGGGAUACGCACUAUACGACUGAUUUCAGGGAAGGGGGUGUAAGGGUUGUGAGUAAUCAACGGGGGUAUGUGCUUCCUUGGAGUAAGAUGGAUGGAAAGGAUGGGUUUGAUGUUGGGAAGGUUAUACGUGUGUAG